UUUAUUUAUGGAAAAUGAGUCGAACACCAAAGCCAUCUCGAAACCAAACAACACAAUUGUUGAGAUAUUUGCUAUCCCAACACACAGAGUGAGAAUCAAUGGCGGCAGUUCGUUGCUGCCUCUCAGUGACCUCCGCCGCCGUUCCCAGCUCCCAGGACUCCCCACCGUCACAAGCAGCGGCCACAUCGAAGCCGCCGACCAAGAUCAUACUGCCGAACAAGAAGGCGGAGAAAUGGUCGACUGGGGUGGCCCCUGGGGAAUACGGCGGCCCACCCACCACCACCAAGCUCCGGAAAUACUGGGGCGGAGAGAAAGACCCUCUCGCCUCCGAUGAUUACUUGUGGAACAAAGAUUUCAUGGAUAGCAUGAAGAAGUUCAUUCAAGACCCCGAUCAUGUUUCGCCUGCAUCUGCUAAGGAGGAGCCUUCGGGAUUCCUUAGCCUGAAUAGAGUCAUGAGCUUGGACAAUUUGGAAGUCGACUUGAGUAAAGAACUAGCAGCUCCUUCCGCGUCACUAGUGGAAGAGCAAGUUGAGGAGGAACAAACUGUUAGCACUGCUGGUAGGAGAUGGAGACCAGCUCCAACACGUCGUGAGCUAGACAAGUGGGAUCGAGCUGCCAAAGCUGCAACUGGAGGCAGUGAUGUCAUGUUUCGGGAAUCAAGACGCCCCAGAGGAGAUCCUGUAGUUUUGGCUGCUCAGUCGAGGGAACAAUAUUAUAAGUUGAAAAACAAAUUGCAAAUACUCACUGUGGGAAUCGGUGGCAUUGGCUUGCUUUCAGCCUAUUUCACAUAUUCUCCAGAAAUUGCGGCAAGCUACGGUGCUGGCUUGCUCGGUGCUUUGGCAUACAUGCGGAUGCUUGGUAACAGUAUCGAUUCCAUGGCCGAUGGAGCAAGAGGGGUGAUCAAGGGAGCUAUGGGGCAGCCAAGGCUGUUGGUUCCUGUUGUCUUGGUGAUGGUAUUUAAUCGAUGGAACGGGAUUUUGGUACCCGAUUAUGGAUUCUUUCCCCUUGAAUUGAUCCCGAUGCUGGUCGGGUUCUUCACCUACAAGAUCGCCACUUUUAUGCAGGCGAUAGAGGAGGCCGUGAACGUUGCUGCCGGAAAUACCGAAGCUUAAUUCAGCCUACAAUGCAGAUAGUGAUGAAAAGAUUGUAGAUGUUGAUAUGCAUACUUGUAUUUCAUGUUACCAUUUUUCUCUUCCCAGAUUGUGUAAAUGAAAUCAUGUUGGAUCAUUUGCUGCAAAGUAAUGUUACAUCUUAUGUUUCUUGAGGGCUAUAUUUCCCGAUCACAAAUAGGGCUGUAAAUGAAAAUGAUUAUUCGAGAUUUGAUUCGAAAAAAGUUCGUUCAAAGUUCAA